AUGUCGAAUGUCACGCACACAACCGCGCGCAGCGCAGCGGCGUCCACGGUGACCGCACGCGUUGCAUACCUUCGAACGCUCCCCGCUAUACGUGAGCGAUGCAGCAAGAUCUUCGACGCAGCUACCACCGAUGGUCUGGAAUACUUCUCCUUGGAUGCAUCCAAGAUCGACGAUGCUGCCGACUACUGCAUCUCGAUCAUCCAGCGUGACUUUGGUACGGACUACGCCUCGAUCCCUCCGCACGGACGCUGGCGUCAUUUUGACGUGGGCUCGAUCCCUCGCAUCACCACUCUCCUUACCGAAUGGGCGGGUGGAUCUCCUCGGACGCUGGGAUCGGCGCACUCGACGGAUAUCGUGACCAAGCCUGCAGUGCACCACGUCGAGGCGGCGCGUCGAUUGGUGGAUCUGUUCAUGGUCUCGGUGCUGCUCGAUGCAGGUGCAGGAAGCGCGUGGAAGUACGAAGAGAACAGGACCGGGCUAAGCUAUGGUAGAUCCGAGGGCUUGGCAGUGGCAAGUCUCGACAUGUUCAAACAAGGACGGUUCUGCGCGCAUGAAUCCGGCGAGAGGCACAAGGUGGAUGCAAAGGGAUUGAAGAACUUGUCCGCCGAGGUGUUGGCGAUCGACAUGCAGGUGCAUCCUGAGGAGAAUCCAAUGACCGGGCUCGAGGGUAGGAGCAACCUGCUCGUCAAACUCGGCGAGGCGUUGGAGAACGAUGCUCACGGCUUCUUCCAAGGCCCUUCAGGGACCAAGCCGGAUGAGCGAAGGCCUGGGUUCUUGGUCGACUACCUCGCUAGUCACGCGACGACAAGGACCGACAUGAAUGUGGUGCAAGUGAGCUAUCCGGUGUUGUGGGAGGUGUUGAUGUAUGGGCUAGCACCCAUCUGGCCUGCUUCGCGGACGCAUCUAGAUGGUGUGCCGAUGGGCGACGUCUGGCCGAACGCCACACUGGCUCGUUUGAGCGGUACGCAGAUUGGCGACGAACCAUCGCUGGUGCCGUUCCACAAACUCUCCCAGUGGAUGUGCUACUCUCUGAUGGAAGCCAUGGAAAACACACUGGGCUGGACAUUUGUCGAUGCACAGCACGCCACUGGUCUGCCGGAAUACCGCAACGGUGGUCUGUUUGUCGACCUCGGCGUGCUCACGCCGAACCGCGCCUUGCUCGACGCGAGCGCAUCCACGCCAUCCGGCAUACCCCAACUCCCCGCCGAACACCCCGCCAUCGUCGAAUGGCGCGCAAUGACCGUCAUCCUUCUCGACAAACUCGCCGAAUCUAUCCGCUCCAAACUCUCCCUGACCGACCAACAGCUAAACCUGAAACAGGUCCUCGAGGCUGCCACCUGGAAAGGCGGUCGAGAGAUCGCCAAGCAGAAAAGGCCACAAACCGGCGGCCCACCCAUCAACGUCUUGAGCGACGGCACUGUAUUCUAA